UCUAUUUAUAGCUAGGGAAACCCUUCAGACCUGUCCAAACUUGCGGAGAUGUUUUUCAAAACAAAAGAAAGUGAUGAGGAUUAAGGUGCAUCACUAUCGAACAGUUGCUGUGCGCACGAUGUUACAUCCUCUUGGUGCGCAUUAGGAAGUGGGAGAGCAGGAUGGAGAAAAAACAUAAAGAAAUUUUAAUAAAGCAGCGUGCCAACCUUGUGGAAAAUGUCAACCCCAGAGACGGAUUGUUUACCCAGCUGAUAUCCAGAAAGGUUCUCAACCCUAGAAAUGUCCGUACCAUCCAGUACAACCGUCCACCCGACCAGCAGGUGGAGGAACUGCUCAAUGUUCUUCCAACACGAGGACCUGAAGCCUUCUCCAAGUUCUGUGAAGCACUGAAAGAAGAUGACCAAGAACAUGUGCUGGACUUCCUUAAAUGUGAAGAUAAUAAAUGUGAAUCAUCAAAUGAUGAAAAGUCAUCCACAUCAGAAUCGGGCGAGUGUUCACGUAAACGAGCUCAUUCACCAUCCCCCCAAGUCCUGUGUAUCAAAGACAAGGAUAGUCAGAAUUUAAUGAUCAAGUAUUUAUCCAGUGAGGAAAACUCUGAGAGUGCUGAGAAGAAGAAACAAAUGUUUACAGAUGGACAUAAAGGCUAUGAACAAGGGGAGCCAAGGCACAUAUUCAAACACUGGAUAUCUGAACCUGGGGUUGUCCACAUCAGUCGAUUUGUGCCGGUCGACCACCUUGAGAACUACAUGGUCCCUCCAGCAAACUUGUCAGGGGAUAAAUACACCCCUUAUCAUCUCUCCCGAUGUGACAGCCUAGAUGCCAUGAACAAGAGGCCUGUCCAGGUGUCCUCUCCACACCAGCCGUCCAGUGAUACAACAGAUUCUGAAGCAGUCCAGCUAGCUAGCACCUUUGAUGAGACCGAGGAUGCUCAGAUUGACCUUACAGAUGGGCCAGUCAACGUCAAGGUCGACCAUACAUCCCGGCAGUUCUUCCUUGCGUGUCAUCGAAAGUCAUACCCCAUGCAGAAACUACCUCGAGGCAAGGCCCUCAUCAUCAACGUCAAUGAAGUCAUCAACAAACCUCCACGUCGAGGGACCGACAUCGAUCGUGACAAUCUCCAUAACCUGCUCAAGCAACUUCACUUCGAUGUCCUGGUGUAUAAUGAUAAAGAUGGCCUCAGUGCACAGGGUAUAGUGACAAAGCUGAAGCUGUUUUCCUCCUUGCCUGAGCACGCUGAGUCCAACUGCUGCGUUGUCUGCCUCCUGAGCCAUGGGGAAGAGGGGUAUGUGUUCGGUACAGAUGGCAAGAAGAUCCCACUCAAUGAGAUCUUCAUGAUGUUCGACAACACCCAGUGUAGAGGACUGAUUGGCAAACCCAAAGUUUUCUUCAUUCAAGCGUGCCGUGGAGGGGCUCUGGACCCUGGGGUGCGGCUGGAGAAGGCAGACGAGACAGAUGGGGGUCCUCCUGUCUGCCCCGAGCCCUGGAAACAGCUGCCCACCAUGUCCGAUAUGGUCAUCUGCUACCCCACCCAGUAUGGUUACUAUGCGUGGCGUAAUCGGGAGCGAGGGAGUUGGUACAUUGAGGCCGUCGUACAGAUCUUCAUGAGGCAUGCCAAGAAUGAGGACAUCUGCACUAUGCUGAAUAGGGUGAACCACCUGGUGUCCAAGAAGGUGUCCCGCUGUCCACAGAUUGACAUGGACCGCAUGACACAGAUGUCGGAGUACAUGAGCACCCUCAGAAAGCCUCACCUUUUCUUCUUCCCUGGCAUUGGCAGUGGAUAAGUUGUUUUCAGAAAGUAAAGAAGAAGUGUGGUGGUCUCCAUCGCUGCAUGUGGCCUACAUGUGGAAGAAGUCCUGAGGGUGUGGAGCAGCUAGCGGGGCACCAUAGACCAUAACACAAUAUGAAGAUAUGUGUCACAUCCUGAUAGAGUAUCUUGGGGAGUGCCUUGGUUAAUGACACCAUCCUGAUGGUGAAAGCGUUGAGGGGAGUGCCUUGGUUAAUGAAACAAUGUGAUGAUAUGUAUAUCAAUCUGUCUAGAGGUAUGACACAAUUCAGUAAUGGCAGGAUAUCAUGUAGCAAGUGUGAGUGUGUCAACUAAAGUACUGUCGAAAA